AAAUUUGAAGCAAAUUCUUAUAAUUCUUUGUUGGUUAUAUAUUGUUAUGAUGCUUUCCCCCUUGUCAUUUUAUAUAUCAAUAUUGACUCAGGUAUUAGCACUUUGGCUAACAUGUCUCAUUACGAAGGGGAAGAGAUGGAUCAUGUUGCAGAUGAUAAUGAAAUGGCAGAAGGUGAUGACAUUAUGUAUUUGCGUGGUACAGAAAAUGGUGAUUCAGAUUCAGAUUCAGAUGAUGAAGAAUAUGAUAAUUUGGAGAAUAAAAUAGUAGAUACUGCAGCGGAUGCCAGGAGAGGGCAGGAUAUUCAAGGAAUUCCUUGGGAAAGAUUGAGCAUCUCUCGCGAGAAGUAUAGGCAAGCUAGAGUAGAACAGUAUAAGAACUAUGAAAAUGUUCCACAAUCAAGAGAAGGUUCAGUGAAGGAAUUCACACCAACCAAGAAAGGAGGAUUAUAUUAUGAGUUUUGGCGAAAUAAUAGAUCAGUAAAAUCAACAAUCCUUCAUUUCCAAUUGAGGAACUUGGUUUGGUCUACUUCAAGGCAUGAUGUGUAUCUUAUGUCAAACUUCUCUGUUAUUCACUGGUCUUCAUUGAGCACGAAAAAAAAGGAAGUUCUUGAUGUUUCUCGGCAUGUAGCCCCCCGUGAGAAACACCCUGGAAGUCUUCUGGAAGGAUUUACUCAGACCCAAGUUAGUACUCUGGCUAUAAGGGAUAAGUUAUUAAUUUCUUGAGGGUUUCAGGGUGAACUUAU